GCACGGCCCGGCCCGGCAGGCGCGCACCGCGCGAGCCCGCGGCCCCUCGCUGCUCCGGGCGCCGGCUCUGCGCGUCCCGGCCCGACCCCGCUGCGGCCGUGCACAAAGCAUCGCGGACACCGAGGACCGGGGCUGCGCCCGCCUCUCCACCGCGCGCAGUCUCCCUGCCGGCGCGGCCAGUGCUGGGACCGCGGCGACGCCGCCCCCCGCCAGCGCCCGAGCCGUCUGCGCCGCUGCGCCACGGACACCGGCGCCGGGGGCGGCCCUCGCUGCGCGCGCUGAGGACUCGCGGGUCGCUGCCGCCGGCCCGCGCGCCACGGGGACGGGAGCCCGGGGCAGCCUCGCGCCGGCCCGCGCCUAAGAUGGCCACGCUGCUCCGCAAGAUCGGGCUCAUCCGCCUGCACAACCGGGACACCGAGGACCCCAAGCACCACCACAACCACCGCGGCGGCGGCGCCCCGCAGAGCGCGUCGUUGCGCGGCAAAGGCGGCGCCAAGAGCGGCGGCCACAAGCAGGCGCCGCACCCCGGGGGCGCGGGCGACGCGAGUCCCGGGCCCGGCAAGGGCAAGGGCAAGCGCGCAGCGGAGCUGGCCCCGCGCGACAAGCAGCAGCCGCCGCCACCGCCUCCGGGGGCCGCGGGCGCGGUGGGGGCCUCGGGCGCAGGGGGCCCCCGGGAGCGGGCGGCGGGCGCCAGGGCGGGGCCCGGGCCCGCGGUGGCCGCAGCGGCGACGGCGACGGCGGGCGGCAGCCUGGUGCCCGCGGCUCGGCAGCAGCACUGCACGCAGGUGCGCAGCCGGCGUCUCAUGAAGGAGCUGCAGGACAUCGCGCGCUUGAGCGACCGCUUCAUCUCCGUGGAGCUGGUGGACGAGAGCCUCUUCGACUGGAACGUGAAGCUGCACCAGGUGGACAAGGACUCCGUGCUGUGGCAGGACAUGAAGGAGACCAACACCGAGUUCAUCCUGCUGAACCUCACCUUCCCCGACAACUUCCCCUUCUCGCCGCCCUUCAUGCGGGUGCUCAGCCCGCGCCUGGAGAAUGGCUACGUGCUGGACGGCGGCGCCAUCUGUAUGGAGCUGCUCACGCCGCGCGGCUGGUCCAGCGCCUACACCGUGGAGGCCGUCAUGCGCCAGUUCGCCGCCAGCCUUGUCAAGGGCCAGGGACGGAUCUGCAGAAAAGCUGGCAAAUCAAAAAAGUCCUUCAGCCGCAAGGAGGCAGAAGCGACCUUUAAGAGUUUGGUGAAGACUCACGAAAAGUACGGCUGGGUCACCCCGCCCGUCUCGGACGGCUGAUGUCCACCCAAGCAGGGACGCUGCAGCCGCCCCAUCGCACACUCCGACCCCGACACAUCGCCCCACCGCCGCGCAUCCCCCACCCUUUUCUACUCCAGCCGGAACUGCAUCGUGAACGCCAGUGACUGAUGGGCAGCGGUGUCUGCAGAGAGGGCGCCGAGGCCGCCGGACCCUGCUUCCGUGACCGGUGGGUGAGCGCGUCUGAGGGACUCCGGAGCAGACAUGGAGAUGGUGACGUUUCCCAGCCUGCCCGCCCUGUCGCUCUGUCCUUAGCUUCUCUCCAUGCCAGCAGCUCCGCGGAGCCAGCACGAUGCCCAUGGCCCUUGCUGGCUCCGUUUCCGUGUACAUGGCGCGUUCAUCUUUCCCAGGAGCACAGGGCGCCACUGACCCCUGAGUACCACGCCCUGCAUCUGCUCCUCUCCCCGGCAGGUCAGCGUAACGUGAAGACGUGUCCUCCUCUCUGUGGCCCGUGGUCUGCUGUGAUGACAUUUAGAUCUCAUUUGUGCUAUGAACUUUGGCUCAUGAAAAUAAACUCCACCCGGGCAGGUUCUAGUGAUUUAAAGACCACAACUGCCCACUCGGUCCAAAUGCGUUCUCUCUGCUGACUUUGUGAUGUGCUGCUGUUCACAGAUAAACCAGUGCCAUUUGACAGGAGACAGGGGAUGAGGUGGCCGCCGGGAUGCACGGUGGCACGGAUGCCACAUGCACCCCGGCUCAGAGCCGCGACGGUCUUUUCAGACCUUAGAAAGCGCUCCUGCCACGGGGCGUUUAUCUUCCUGUCUCCUCUCAGCCACCAAAAGCAAAAGACAGUUUCCCAUUCACCGCGGUCAUCUGACUCACUUUACUCUGUGUGCUAGUGACAGGGAAUUCCAGAACUGCCAAAGGACACCAAGUGAUCGUAUGACGAUUUGCAUGACCAGGCCUGUUUCCUCACCCAGUAGUCACUUGUGUGUCCCCCUCCCUCCCCGCCCCAGGGUUGCGAUGCAAACACCCUGGCUGUGGUGUAAACCUGGUAUUUAAUCUCCCCACAGUUUCAUUUCUUCUCUUCUGUUAAGUUCCUUUGCACUUUCUAAGAAACCCCGUGAAAUGAGGAAGUACUGUUUAUAGAAACAUGCGGGAAGAGGUAAACUGUUCAUUCCAAUCGGAAAAUCUUCUUGGACACAUUUUAAAUAAAAUCAUGCAUACGUGA